AGGGUGGCAGCAGAGAAGCCGCCAGCACACAAAGCCCAACAGCUGACGCCCAUUGCGGAGAUUGCUAGUACGCCCCGCGACCUGCAUCCAGCGCGGAAUGUCCGCGUGACUCUGAGUGAAUUACACGAGCGCGGUCCACUCCCCUACUGAUCGGUCCGCAUCCUCUCGCCACGCACCCUCGCGCGGCGGCAGCGAUGGCAGCAGCGCCCGCCUCGCCUGCCCUGGCCGGCCGCCGCGCUGCUCUCCCCACGCACGCGGGGCACCGCCCGAUUACCGCCCGCGCGCCGUGGCUGCAUGGAUGCGCCCGCCUCGCCCAGUGGGGGAGGCCUGAGCUCCCCCUGAUGCCGCGGAGGGGAAGCAAGGCCCGCGUGAGCGUGCGGGCGUCCACGCGCCAUCUGCCGCCUAUCCCCACGUCCUUCCCGCCCCUGCCGGACCCCGCCCUGCCGCCGUACGAAGAGUUCGUGUUGCCCAACGGCCUGCGAGUCUUUCUGCUGGAAGACCAUGAGCUGGGGCUGGUGGGCGGGCAGCUGUUGGUGAAGGGCGGGGCGCAGUAUGAAGCGCCCAACAAGGUGGGGCUGGCGGGCAUGAUGGCGGCCGUGCAGCGCAGCGGCGGCACCAACGAGUACCCGGAGGACGCUCUGGAUGGCAUGCUGGAGUCCCUGGCAGCGUCCAUAGAGACGUCAGCGGGCACGUCGUCGCUGUCGGCGUCCUUCCGCUGCCUGCAGGAAGAUGUCCCCACCCUCAUGCCGCUCUUCCGAGACGUGGUGCUCUCCCCUCUGCUGCCUGCCUCCAAGCUCGCCUUCUCGCGCACUCAGCUGCUCGGCUCCAUCGCCCGCCGCAAUGACGAUCCUGCCCGCAUGGCGUCUCGGGAGCUGCAGCGGCUGCUCUACAGCCCCGCUUCCCCGCGCGGCCGCUUCCCCCUCGCCGCUGACGUGGCACGCAUCUCCCUGAGCGACCUGCGUGCCUUCCAUGCAGCUUCCUACAGCGACCCCUCACAGGCGGUGCUGGGCAUGUGGGGCGACUUCGACCCGCAGCAGAUGAGGGCCCUUCUAGAAGCCACCUUCCAGCCCUGGGGCACUGCUGGCAGUAGCAAUACCAGCAGCCGGGGUGGCAGAGGCGGGUCCCGGCCAGAACCAUACUGGGGGCCGGAGGAGGGCGUGGCGGCCAGUGCAGCGGGCGUCUAUGUGGUGGACCGACCGGGGCUCACCCAGAGCAUAGUGCGAGUGGGCGAGCUGGGCACGACCAUCAGCGACCCGGACGUGUUUGCCCUGGACGUCCUUAACUCCAUCCUCAACGGCUUCGGCGGCCGCCUCUUCGACCAAGUGCGGUCGCAGGAGGGCCUGGCGUACUCAGUGUCAGGCUCGUGGUCGCCAGGCGUCGACCACCGGGGGGCGUUUGUGGGGGGCGGUGAGACCCGGGCGGAGUCAGUGGGGCGGUUCAUAGCAGCGGUGCAGCGGGUGCUGGCAGAGGCCACCCUGGACUCGCCCUCGCCAGAUGAGCUGCAGCAGGCCAAGGACCGCGUGCUCAACUCCUUCGUCUUCAACUUCGCUGACAGUGGCGCACAGCUGAGUCGCAUCAUGACGUACGAGCUGUUCGGCAUCGACCAGGACUUCAUCUUUGAGUUCAAGCGCCGCGUCGAGGCACUCUCAGCAGACCAGGUGGUGGUGGCGGCGCAACGCUGGCUGCACCCCACGGAGCAGCCCAUCCUCGUGGUGGCUGACGCUGCUGCCGUCAUGCCGCAGCUCACUGCUUUGGGGCUGCCCGUCACACGCGUUGACCCACAAUGACCACGCUGCUCCUGCUGUGAAUGGCCUUUUUCCAGGGAAAUUGAUAAAGCCUAUGCCAUAAG